CGGACAGGGGCAUUUCCGUCAAGAGCGAAAAAUAACACGGAGGAGAAAGAAAAAGGUCGAAAGGUUCGCGAAAAAGCGUGCGCUGCCGCCUUCCCCGCUUUCCUCCGCUCGAUCCCUUCCAUGCCAAUUCCAGUUUUAGGCUUUCUUGGUGCAGGUCGUCGUCCUCCGCUGCUCGGCCAAGCGGCUCCUCUUCUCUCGCCCGCUUUCGUGGUCUGCGCUCGCCUUUAGGGUGUCGGAGAUCUCGCGUUUGUUUCUUGAUUUCACUUCAGGAAGAAGGGGUUCUGGUGCUCUAUCCGGGGACCAGGAUACCUCGCUAGGGUUUUUGGUUCCGGGGCUUUGAUGAGAAAGUGGAUUCGUGAUGUUCACCUCGAAUAGGAAGGGAAAGAACGUGGUUGACACACCACCUCCACCUCAGGCUUCGCUGGGUGCGAAUGGAGGGGUUGCUGUUGGAGGCGGUGAGGAUUUGGAGGUUUGGAGGCAUUUUCGGGAGGCAGGGUUCCUGGACGAGGCUGUGUUGCAGAGGAAGGACAGGGACGCUCUUGCUCAGAGGAUUGCUGAGUUGGAGAAAGAGCUUCAUGAGUAUCAAUACAAUAUGGGUCUUCUGCUAAUUGAGAAGAAAAGUUCAAUUACUAAAUAUGAAGAAGUUAGGCAAACUUUGUCAGAAGCAGAGGAGAUUCUGAAGAGGGAACAAACUGCACAUAUGAUCAUAAUAUCUGAAUAUGAAAAGCGUGAGGAGAAGUGGCAGAAGGAUUUGGGGAUUGAGAAGCAGAAAGUCGCAGAUCUUGAAAAGGACUUGCAAGAUAUACGCUUUCAAAUGGCAGAAAUCAAGUUUACAUCAGAAAAGAAGUUAGCGGACUCUCAAGCUUUAGAGACAGGUUUAGAGGAGCAUUACCUGGAAAUUGAAGCAAAGGCUCAUGCUGCUGAUGCUAAGCUAGCAGAAGUAAACCGUAAAAGUUCCGAGAUAGACAGAAAACUGGAUGACCUAGAAGGUCUUAAGAGAAAACUUCAGAAGGAGAAUUUGUCUUUAUCAUCAGAACGGAAGGCACAUGAGAAGAACCUAAUCGAACAAAGGGAACAUUUUCUUGGUUGGGAGAAAAUGCUGCGAGAUAGUCAGAAAAGGCUUGAUGAUGGGCAGAAGCUUCUCAAUGAAAGAGAGAAUAGAGCAAAUGAGGUAGAUCGGAUGCUUAAAAGAAAACAAACAGAGAUUGAAGAUGCAGAAAAACAGAUUGAGGCAUCAAAGAAGUCCUUGAAAUUAGUAAAAGAUGAUAUAAGUACCAGACUAAGUUCUUUGGAGUGUAAGGAGAAGGAAGCAGAAAUCAAGUUUGAGAGUUUGGAGAAGAAGGAGAGGGAAUUAGCUUCAAGAGAAGAAAAGCUAAAUGCUAGAGAGAACGUGGAGAUUCAAAAGCUUCUAGAUGAGCACAAUGCUCUCUUAGAUUCAAAGAAACAGGAGUUUGAAUUAGAGAUGAAGGGAAGACAAAAAGCCUUGGAUGAAGAGAUAAAAGUCAAAGUUUUUGAAUUGGAAGAGAAGAAAAAAGAAAUUGAUCUUAAAGAGCAGCAAAUUACAAAAAAGGAGCAUCUUUUGCAAAAAGAAGAGCUGAAGCUAAAGGAAAUGGAGAAGGAUCAUGAUUCCAAAUCUCUAGUAUUGAGGAAGUGGGAGGAAUCUAUAAAGGUUUCUGAGAAGGAGUUAGAGAAACAAAAACAGCAGCUGGAGAGUGAUAGGCAGGAGCUUCUCAAAUCUAUUUCUGAACUUGAGACUAUGAAGGAUUCAAUCGAAGCUAAGAAGGCACAAAUUGUCAUAGAUGAGGAGCAUCUUAAACUUACCAGGCAAGAAAGAGAAGAACAUACCCUGCAUCAGUCAAAACUAAAGCAAGAGAUUGAAGAUUACAGGAUGAUCAAGUCUUCACUAGAUAGUGAUAGAGAGGAUUUAAGACGACAAAGGGAGAAAUUUGAGGAAGAGUGGGAGUUGUUGGACAAUAAACAAUUAGCACUGGAAUUGGAGAUAAAAAGGGUUAAUGAAGAGAAGGAAAGGUUUGAAAAAUGGCGAUAUUCUGAAGAGGAAAGGUUUAGGAAUGGAACACAAGCAGAGAGAAUUAGCAUGGAAGAGAAAUUGGAUAACCUUGAGACUAAGAAAGAACUUUUUGAAAAAACAAUCGAACAUGAGAAGUCGGCUGUGCAUGAUAUGCUCGAGCUGGAACGUGCUGAUAUGGCUCGGGAUCUUGAGCUACGUAGACAUGAGCUAGAGAUGGAAAUAGGAAAAAGGAAGGAAGCUUUGGAGAAAGACUUGCAAGACAGAGAAAGUGAAUUUGAGAGAAAGAAGUCUAUUGAGUUAAAUGAAAUACAAUCUUUAAGCGGCACUAAUGAGUUGACAUACAAAAGAUUGGAAGUCGACAAAGAACGAUUGGAAAGAGAAAAAGAAGAUCUCGUUGCAUGCAGAAAGAAACUUGAAAAUGACCAACUUGAGAUACAUAAGGAUAUUGAGACUCUUCGUGAGCUCAGCAGGGAAAUGAAGGACCAAAGGAAGAAAUUUCUGAAAGAUAGGGAACAUUUUCUAGCCAUGGUCGAAGAGUUUAAGAAAUGCAAAAACUGUGGUGUUCAAAUGCAUGAUUUGGAGCUUCUCAGCUUGAAAGAUACUGAAGUUGUUCGACUACCAAGAUUGACAUUCAAUGAUGAUAUGAAACCCAAGGAUUCUGAAACUACUCCCCAGCAAAUGUUGUCUGCAUCUUUACCAUCAGGAAGCCGUCUGACAUUGCUGCAAAAAUGUUCUAGACUGUUUAAUUUCUCUCCUAAAAAAAAGGAAGAUAUGGAAGAUCAGGAGAAAAGUUCUACGUCACUUGGUGCAAAACUUGAUAGUGAAGUUUUGGAAGGUGGAGCCUAUGAUGAAGCUGCACCAUCACAAAGAAUUUCUAUCCAACCUUUCCACAAUCAUAGAUCCAAAUCAGGUAGUGGAAUCUGGGAGAACAGAGGAGCAAAAUCGUUUGAUGGAGAUAGAAAUGAGCCAGAUCCUUCUUUUGGAGAUGAGGAUAAUUUAGCUGAUGCCAAUUGUACCCAAGCAAAUAAUGCUGAUAAGGAAGUGGUUGCUGAGCAGGUUGUUCAAUUUAAGAAUCACUAUGAGAAAGUAGGGUUUAUAGUAAUGGAAAAUGAUUCCCAGCCUGAACGAGCGAAAGAGAAAACACAUAAAGCUGUCCAGAGCAGUAAGCCUAGAAAGAUACGGAGAACACGCACAGUGAAAAAAGUUGUCGAAGAAGCACAAGCUUUCCUUAGAGAGACUUCUACUGAGCAGAAUGAACACUCAAAUGGGCAAGGAUACCAAUCUUCAGAUAUCCAAGUUAACGGCUACGAUGUAGUUCAUGCAGGGCAAAAGAGGGAUAUUUCUCAUGUAUCUUUAACUAGUGAUCAAGCUUUGGACAGUGAAACUUGUUCUGAGAAUGUUUCACUUGUUGGACGUCGUAAAAAGAGACAAAUAGCUGCUCCACAAGCUCAGACACUUGGAGAAAAGCGUUAUAACUUCAGGCGCUCCACAAUUGCUGCUGCAAUGUCACCAGUCCAACCAGUAUCUGAUCAGAAAAAAGGGUUGAAAAUUAGAGGCUACCAACAACCUUCUGGAGAUGAAACACUGAAGAGAGACGGAGAUGAAGAAGGAACUUCCCAACUGAGGCUGUAUGCUGAACCUGCAAUAAGUUUUGUUGAUGAGGGUGCAAAAUCAGUAGAAGUGGAGAUUUCUCAGAAACUUGUCCAGCAUGAAUCGGAGUUCCGUGAUCAUUAUGAUGGGAAAUCAAUUGAAUCAAGUGAGCAGGUUGGCGAUGACACCUUAAAUGUCAAUGAAAUUACAGUAUCAGAACCAGAACCUAAUACUCCCACUGGAGGGAGCGUAGAUGGUGAUGGUGAGAAGGAUGAAGAGGACUUGCACAACCAUGAUGUCUCAAUUGGGAAAAAACUCUGGACUUUCUUCACGACAUGAAGUGCAUAUAGAUACUAUCCUAUUAACCCCUGCAAGUUUACCUACCCCCUAUUAUUUUUCACUGUUGACGUAUCUACUUAAUUAAUCCAGCUUCCAUUUGGCUUUGUGGAUGGUGUAUUAGUCAUGUAGUUCUCAUGUAUUAUUAUUUUUCAUUCUAGUUUCUGUAGGAAUUGGUGAUGCUCCACAGGGAUUCACAAUGGUGUGUCACAGUAGACAUGCACUCUUACUUGAUAAACAUGAUGUGUCGAGGCAGGUUUCUGUUGAUUCUUAUGGCAAAGCAAUGUUUUUCGUUGGGCUUGUA